CAUCCUGAUAACAUCGCCCUGGUAAAAGAAGAGUUAAGCCAGUGUCAGCAACACCAUGAGCACCACCUCGACAACCCAGCCCGCUUUCUUCCAACUAGACUUAUUGAAAUUAGAAGUCAAAGUUCCGGAGCCGAGCUUCGCCUGGUUUUAACAAAUUCACGUAUGAAAAGAAAGGCGCCUCAGUACGCCGCUCUAAGCUACUGCUGGGGGUCGCCUAGUGACUCAGCGACGCAAUUCAAGACAGAAAAAGGGACACUCGCAAAUAGGAUAACCGGAUUUUCGCUCGACUCGAUGACACAAGUUAUGCGCGACGCCGUUGCCGUGACUAAAGCGUUAUCUAUAUCGUACAUAUGGAUCGACGCCCUCUGCAUCGUCCAGGACGAUCGCGUGGAUUGGGAACGGGAAUCAACUACUAUGGCGGACGUCUACCGCCAAGCGUACAUCACGAUAUGCACGCCGGGAUCUUCCUCCUGCCAUCAAGGCUUCCUCGAGCGCAAACCAAAAAGCAUCGUCAUCCCUUUCAAGUCAAGCAUCACUCCAGAAGCAAAAGGUUCAUAUAACGUGCGCAUAGGCGGACGCGCGAUGGCGUCUAACCCCAUUGCCGAGGGUAUGGACCUCACAUACGACGAGCUAACCCACGACCACUCCUCAUGGAGCCAACGCGCCUGGACGUUCCAAGAAGCCGUGCUCUCGACACGAACCCUCCACUUCGGAUCGUUCGAGCUUGCAUACCAAUGCCCAGAACACAUUCGAUCGGAAGCGGGGCAAUCCUCCUACCCCAGCGAGAUCGACGUCGGGAUCUUCAACGAUUUAGUAUCCAACGCGCCAGCCCGUCACGCCAUGUGGAACGAGCUCAUGAGCCGCUACACGCCGCGCCACCUGACCUACGAGACGGACCGGCUCCCCGCCGUCUCGGGUCUCGCCCGCAUUAUGGGCCGCGGCCCCAAGGACUACUACGCGGGCCUAUGGAGGCAGAGCCUGGUCGUCGACCUCUGCUGGGUCAGACACGUAGACGACAUCGGACCAACCGACACCAAAUACGAGCUCCUGCGCCUUCUCGACGCUAAUAAGCCAUCGUACAUCGCGCCCUCGUGGAGCUGGGCUGUGCGGAGGCAAUCGUUCGAGCAUCUGAUCGACGUAAACGACUACAGGGAUGAGACGCACUCGGUCGCUGCGUCGACGACGCCGCAAGGGUUAGAUCCUUUCGGACAGGUUAAAGAUGGCUUACUUACGAUACGUGGAGUCGUCGUCACCCUGCCUUCGGAUAUCGUCCACGAUCCACCGGAAGGGGCUCGGAGGUCGUUGCUACACCAUAAAUACGUUCAUGAAAAGGACAGGAGGAUAGCGCAAGUAAGUUUAGACUGGUGGAUGCAGGACCCUGAAGAUAAGGGGGAGUUAUUGAUGCUUCUUCUUACAAGUCACCUUUAUCCCUUUGAGGGCUUGCACCGCCGAGUCCGAGUAGGAUUUGGUAUUAUAUUGCAUCCUAGCAAGACUCAGGGGCGUUAUGUGAGAGUUGGCGCUUUCAUGACGGACAGGUACGGCUUCGGGCUAUUUCAACGCUCAAGUUAUCAAACUGUCGAGAUCAUAUGAUAUGCUUUCUUUUUACUAAGAAGACUCAAAGUGACAUGUUGCGCCUGUCCUACAAGGUCCUUUUCUGGCGCAAUUAUUUAAAUGUACACACCGAGAUACCUAAGUAAUAACCUUGCCCGGCAUCUUGCUUCUAGACGCCCCUAAGACGUAUUAUGUGACGAGAAAGAUUCCCUUAUUUCUUCGUCGCAACCUUGGCCAAGUCAGCCAGGGCAUCGCGACGCUUGAACUUGGCAUCCUGAAUAACGCCUA